CGUGAUUCGGGGAUCGCUCCGUGCCUCGCUCGCUCGCGGGUUCGGCGCUCGGCUGCGCCGCCUGCGCAGCGCCGUCAUGGCGGCCCCCGGGGUGGAGGCGCGGGCGCUGUUCGCGGAGGGGGUGCGGGCCGUGCUGGGGGGCUGGGCGGCGCUGCAGCUGGCGGUGGCGCAGGGAUUCGGGGGGCCGCAGGGUUCCGAAAAAGCCGCAUGGCUCAGCUCGGCGCUGCUCGACUUCUUCACGCAGAACGCUGACCUGGAGCAGGAGGAGGUGGAGGAUUUCCUGGCCGAGGUGAUGGACAACGAGUUCGACACGGUGGUGGAGGACGGCAGCCUGCAGCAGGUCAGCCGGGAGCUGGUGACCCUUUUUGCCCGGGCGCGGGGUGGGGACGUGGGGGGCGUGGGGGCGGCCCUGGGGGCUCUGGCCCGGCGUGGCCCCGCCCUGGCCGCCGCCCUGGCCACCGCCCGCCCGGGGGGAGACCCCCAGAGCCCCCCCGGGACCCCCCUGACAGCCCCCCGGAGCCCCACGGCCCCAGGGGAGGAGGAGGAGAGCGGCGAGGAGGAGGAGGAGGCCAUGGAGUGCGGGACGCCCCCGCCCCCCUCGGACGGCUGGACCGUGGUGCAGCGGCGGCGGCGGCGGUGAUGCGGGGAGGGGUGUCCUGUGUGUCCCCCCCCAGCUUGGGGGACACCCCUCCCCCACCCUGCUCCCCAAACUGGGGGGGAAUAAAGGCCCCUCCCCCCAUGGGGGGUGUGGGAAGA